AUGGCUCUGCCUCUGAGGUCCCUGAGUCGGGGCUUGGCAAGCACAGCAAAGGGAGACCAUGGAGGGGCAGGAGCCAGCACUUGGCGCCUCCUGACCUUCGUGCUGGCGCUCCCGAGUGUGGCCCUCUGCACCCUUAACUCCUGGCUCCACGCGGGCCAUCGUGAACGCCCCAAGUUCAUCCCAUACCACCACCUCCGUAUCCGCACCAAGCCCUACUCCUGGGGAGACGGCAACCAUACUCUUUUCCACAACCCCCGUGUCAACCCUCUGCCCACCGGCUAUGAACAGUGA